AUGUCCAAUUCAAAAUUUUCUUCUUCUUCCAUCGAAGAGUCAAUAAAUCAGCAUGUGGAGACCUCGAGACCUUCUUCUUCUGUGAACGAGGCAAGAACUCUGCGUGUGACGUUUCAGGAAAAAGAAAAUAUUACAAAAGAUUUUUUGGAGAGCGAGUAUUCCCAAUACGGUACUGUAGCGAGGGUCGAUGUUAAUCAACUGAAAGGGUUUGCCCUGGUUCAUUUUUUCCAUCCUCUCAGUGCUACAAGAGCUGAACAAGGAUCAAAAGAAACAACAAGAAAAAGGCAUGUCACCAUUGAUGGAAAAGAAGUAAUAAAUUAUGAAAAUAUAGAUUGGAUUGUGAAACAUCCCAAAAACCUCGUUUCCAGCGGUUCUGUUCGUGCUCAAAAAUCAAAAUAUGUCAGUAUCCCUAUGCUACACACAUCCGAUUGGAACUUGCCACCUAGAAUGCAGGAACAGAUACUUCGAUUUCAUCAGGAAACCAACUCUAUGGCUGGAAUACUCGACAAGGAAGGGAUGCCAUGUGCUGACUACGUUUCAGCACCAGUACUCGUUAUCUGGGACAUAGAAAACGUCAAUGUCAAAGCUAACUGUAGAGGAGAAAGAAUAAAGAAGGUGAUAUUGGAGUUUCUGCACUCUCAAGGGCAUGUUGGUGACAACAUAACAAUACAUAUCAUAGCAGCACAUGAAGAUCGACUGCAUGAAGAUGUGCGUAAAUCCCUGGAACCCAAUGGCAUCAAGUUUACCCAUUUAAACACCUACUCUAAGCAAGCUGGCGACAAAGCCAUUAUCAGGGAGAUCAAACGCUGGACUGAAGAGAAUCCUGCACCAGGAACAGUUUUCUUGAUUAGUGGCGACAAGGACUUCUCUCUGACGGUUGCCAACUUAGAACAGCAAAAGUUCAAUACGAUUGUAGCAUUUGAAAGGGGCAGCCUCUCUGAUAGGAUGAAGUAUGUCGGAUAUAAACUGGUUGAGUUCAAGACAUUAUCUCAAGACAUGGGGCCAUUGGAGAGUGAUUCAAAGGAGGCAUAG